CUUACACUCAAUGAUAACCUGUUAUAAGGUGUGUGUGUGUGUAUAUAUAUAUAAUAUGUCCACUCUGAUGGUGUCAGUUUGUUGUGUUUUCACAACUGAUCAACAAAAACAUUAGGUGUAACAGGCAGCAAGAAAGACUUUUGAGGAUGAUCACCUUGUGGAGGUUGUCUUCAUUUGGGUUUGUUUUGUUGGUGGGUCUGGCUUUCAUUUUAUUGCCCAGAACCCAUGGCUGGAGCAAAGAGGGUCACAUUUUGACAUGUCGGAUUGCGCAGGGUCUUUUAGAGCCCGAGGCUGCAGAAGCUGUUGAAAAUUUGCUACCGCACUAUGCCAAUGGAGACCUGUCGUCCCUCUGUGUAUGGCCCGACCAAAUCCGGCAUUGGCACAGGUAUAGAUGGACAAGUUCACUUCACUUCAUCGAUACUCCAGAUGAUGCUUGCACGUAUGACUAUUCCAGGGACUGUCAUGAUCCACACGGCUUGAAGGACAUGUGCGUUACUGGGGCUAUCCAAAACUUCACCUCACAGCUUUUGCACUACAGGGAGGGAACUUCAGAUCGUCGACAUAACAUGACAGAGGCAUUGUUGUUUUUGUCACACUUCAUGGGAGAUGUCCAUCAGCCAAUGCACAUUGGUUUUACAAGUGAUAAAGGAGGAAACACCAUUGCGUUGCGCUGGUUUAGGCACAAAUCUAAUCUGCAUCAUGUAUGGGACAGGGAGAUCGUCCUCACAGCUCUUGCAGACUACUAUGAAAAGAACCUGGACAGCCUUCAAGAAGAGAUCGUGGGGAACCUCACUGAUGGGAUCUGGUUUGAUGAUGUAGCAUCAUGGAAAGAAUGUGAUGAUCUUCUACCUUGUUUGGACAAGUAUGCUACAGAGAGCAUAAACAUAGCUUGCAAAUGGGGUUACCAGGGCGUAAAGUCUGGUGAAACUCUGGCAGAUGAAUACUUUAACUCCAGAAUGCCAAUUGUCAUGAAAAGGAUUGCUCAAGGAGGAGUUAGAUUAGCCAUGAUCUUGAACCAGGUGUUUGGUCAGCCUGAGGAAGAUUUUGCUGCAGCAACGUAACAGAUGCAAAAGCAAAAGACCAAAAAACUAGACAGAUGCUUUGUUAACCACAACAUCAUUGAAUUUGACUUGUCAGGAUAACAUUAUUUAUGUAUGCAUGUAUGUUCAAUGUUGAUCAGCAUUGUAUCUAUUCAUUUGUAUUUUAUAAUUUCACGUUAUUAUUACAAAAAACAAAGCAAUAUCUUUAAUGUUA